AUGUCGGCUACGGCAGAGGAGAAAGUUGGGCAUGUCAACAACGUCGAACAUGUCCCUCAGGAGGUCAAUAUGCUGCGAUCUCUCAGAGGUGUGGCUGCCCUCGAGGUAGCAGGUCGUCUAGAGCCUCCGGUCAAGACCAGCAAGAGGAUGAUUCAACUUUAUAUCAUGUGUGGAUUGAUGUUCCUCGGAUCCACCAUGAACGGUUAUGACGGUGCGCUCAUGGGCAACCUCCUGGCCAUGCCUGCGUUCCAACAACAGUUCGGCGCCACCAUCCUCGGGAUCAAGACUGGCAUCAUCUCCAGCAUGCUGCAGAUUGGCUCGGUAUCGGCUCUGCCUGCUGUUGGCCCUUGUGGAGAUCUGUUUGGUCGACGAGUGGGCAUCUUCAUCGGGUGUGCAUUCAUUGUCAUGGGCACCAUUCUACAGGGCACCUCACAUCACUUGAAUCAAUUCAUGGCCGGGCGCUUCUUCAUUGGGUUUGGAGGCACGAUUGCCAAUGCCAUCUGUCCCGCAUACGUGGUUGAGUUCGCCCAUCCCACCAUGCGAGGUAGGAUCACGGGAAUGUACAACACUUGCUACUACCUUGGAGCUAUCCUUGCGGCGGCUGUAUUGCGGGGUUGUGUGAACUAUACUGGCGACAAAUCAUGGUUGAUUCCAACGUGGCUUCAGAUGGCCUUUCCAUCUAUAUUACUGGUGCUUUGCCCUUUUGUCCCUGAAUCACCUCGGUGGCAAUAUUCCCAUGGCUAUUCCGAUGCAUGCAAAGCCUCUCUCAUCAAAUACCACGGUAACGACAAUCCUGAUUCAUUGUGGGUGUCACUGCAGAUGAGAGAGUUUGAAGAAGAGCUGGAACUCGACGGAGCGGACAAACGAUGGUGGGAUUAUCGUUCCCUGUUCAACUCGCGUGCCGCGUUGUACAGGGUCGUGCUGUGUGCCGUUGCCAUUUCGGCCUUCAGUCAGUGGACUGGUCAAGCUGGCGUGUCAUAUUUCCUGCCCGGUAUGCUCACAACGACAGGCAUUACCGACACAGAAACGAUUCUCGACAUCAACCUGGGGACAACCCUGAGCUCCGGGAUCGCCGCUGUGACCGGAGCAAAUCUCAUGGACCGUUUUGGCCGACGCAAGAUCCUCAUCACCUGCUGCGCGACUCUCACAGGUAUCUGGGCCAUCAUGGCAGCAUGCACAGGAGUCUACUAUCAGAAUGAGGAUGCAACCGCGGCACGGGCAUCCGUCGCUUUCAUCUUCUUGAUCGGCAUGGUCUUUAGCUUCGCAUACACACCACUGCAGGCAAUGUACCCGGUCGAAGUCCUCGCUUACGAGCAGCGCGCCAAAGGUAUGGCUCUCCAAAACAUGGCGGGAAACGCAGCGGGUCUCGUCAACAUGUUUGCCAUUCCAGUUGCAUUAAAGGACAUUACGUGGAAGACUUACUUUGUUUUCCUCGUCACAUGCGGCCUGGAAACGGUUUACUACUGGUUCGUCAUGGUCGAGACCAAAGGCCACACAUUGGAAGAGAUGAAUGAGAUUUUCCGAGCCAAGAACCCCAAACAAGCCAGUUUGAUCAAAAAGGACAAGGUCGAGGAGGCCGUGUUGAUGGUGAAGGAGGUUGCACAGAUGAAAGAGGUGGCGUAG